CAGGCCUCUGUGAGAAAUGCCAACAUGGAACCGUGGCAAGGACGAUGUUCUUCCCAAUAAUAACAUUGAAAGGGACAUCUGGAUUCAUCCUAUGUCAUACACCCACAAUCCGGACGUUUCAAUCCAUAUUUACACGAGUGUUUUCAAAUCGUGGCAAUACCUUCGGCCUUCCACUGAUCUGCACACCAACAAAUGGUCUCCAUAAGUGACAAAGCGGUGGCCCCUUCUAAUGAAUCGUUUGCGGACCAUGCCUUGGCCACCUUGCCCUUCGUGGAAGUGGGCAGCAGUGAGAGCAGCGAGAGGGGCAGCUCCAUCUCAUGCUCCAGUCCCGAAACCGGAGACGCUGGAGCUCAACUCAGCUACAGCCCAGGGGAGGAAGACGAGGAUGAUGGGCCGCUGCAGAUCUUUUUAGACUCCACUGAGGAGAUGCUGACUCAGCCACCCAAGCUGCCUGAUUUUAUACCCCAGCUCUCCAGCACCUUCUCUCCAACCCUGGAGGACAUUGAGGAGUUCUUGAUGGAGAAGAUGGAGCUUCUGAGUGAUGCUCCUCUGAGUCCGGAGGAAAAGUCAAAGGAGGAUGUGCCUCCAUUACAGCCAUCUUCCCCCGGUGACACAGAGCCGAAAUCCAGCCCCACCACAGCAUGUCCUGCCGCUCAGAGUGUUAACACCACGGCUAAUGCCGCACCGGUGCUCGUCGGUGCACCGUUUGUGCUUCAAUUACAACCUCUCCAGCUAAGCCACACCCUCCCACAGCCAGACGCCCAAUCGGGUGUGGCCAACGGGCUUCGAGUGGCCCACCUGGUGCUCGGUGUCCAAGGGGCACAGAACAUUACCCUUCUUUCACCGCAGGUGCCCUCAGCAACUCUCCUCCCCAUUGUGGGCGAGGCCGUCAACCAAGACCAAAAGUAUGUGAAGAUCGCUCCCCUGCCUAUUGCCGUCAGGGCGGUCGGAAUAGUGGGCACAGGCCUGGUCAAAGCCAUCCCUCCACGUCCAUCCAGGACCUCCACGGAAACCUUGCGGGUACAUAAAUGCUCUCACCCCGGGUGCGAGAAGAUGUACACCAAGAGCAGCCACCUGAAGGCUCAUUUCCGCAGACACACGGGAGAGAAACCCUAUCUGUGCAGCUGGCCAGACUGUGGGUGGAGGUUCUCUCGCUCUGAUGAGCUGUCCCGCCACCGGCGGUCUCACUCGGGAGUCAAGCCUUAUGAGUGCACAAUGUGCGACAAAAAGUUCGCCAGGAGCGACCACCUGUCCAAACACACCAAGGUGCACCGCGGUCCUCGUGCCGGCAGACUAGUCAGGGCAAACGUCUGAUCCACCGGACAAACCUGGAGUGUGAUUCCUGGAGUCUGAGAGGGAAAGCUAUGAUAUCUAAAGGGGCUCACAAGCUGUAACCCUCCGCCUUCAUUUUUGUCUCUGUUUCCUCGUUUAUCCAGAUGUUUGUUUAUCUUGGUGCUACAGUCAGCUGAUUGGAAACUCAGGGAUGUGAUUGUUAAGCUCAAAGCAGAUUUCUGGCUUUUUUGGAGGGCUGAAGUAAAGCUCACAGUCGAUUUCAUCACGUUUCGUCCUUCGCUGGUGUAAAGCUACAGGUUGAGCUGCAACAGCUUUCGAGAUCUAGUCUUAUUGCCUUUAAACCCGAGGUUGCAGGAAGUCUGGAGAUCUAAAAGGCAAUAUGGAGUAUAAUUUGAAGAAACAUAUUUCAUGUACAGUUUGUGAAUAUUGUGUUAAAGAUCUAACCAGGUGAAAAUAUGCAAGGAAAACAGUAUUUUGAUCGGCUCUAGCACGUUAACUGAAGCAAGAAUGCGGCAGAAUUUCCCUUAAAUUAAGACAAUAUGCACUACGAUUUAGGCUAUGCUAUUAUGCAUUAUCAAACAUGGCCUCUGUCAGGGUGAAUCUGAAGAAAAAUGCAAUGUUUAGUCCUAUUUUAUCCAAAAAAAAUAAGUAAAACAAAAAAAUUUCAAAAAAGAAAAUAUUUUCAUGAAAUUGUUUGUAUUACUCUUAUGUUUAAUUCUCAAAAUAACCAGUGGCCAUGCAAAAACCUCUAAUUUUUAUUAUUGCAAUGCAAAAACAUCUCAUUCUCAUUUUAAAAAAAAAUAGUAAUUUAAUUACUGUAUUACUCAAAGAAAUAUAUAUUUAAUUUGUAAAGUACAAUUGUAAUAGUACACUACGAAAGUAUCAGUUAUUAAAAUUAAUUUAUACAGAUUUCUAUUAUCAAAACAAAAAAUGAUAACGGUUACAGUCAUGAGAAUGAGGUUUUUUGCAAUUGUCAUUAAAACAAUGUCACACUAUAUAUAUAUAUAUAUAUAUAUAUAUAUAUAUAUAUAUAUAUAUAUAUAUAUAUAUAUAUAUAUAUAUAUAUAUAUAUAUAUUAAAAAAACAUUAUUUUAUUGGAUUUAAUUAUUUUAUUUUGACAUUUCUGUAUGAGAUUCAUCUUACUAAAUUACCCUUCUGAAGUAUAGCUCUUUUAAAAGGAAUUCUUAAGUAAUGCAAAAUUAGGUCCGAUGCAGGUAUUUGUGACAUGUCACAGUGUUUUAAAACAUUGAAGUUUUUUCUUAAUUCAAAUGUUUUAGUCCCCGCCCCUCCCCCCUCGCGCAAACCCAAUCGCGUUGAAAUAUCCGGAAUGUCUCGGCCCAAUCACAUCCCUGCGCCAGCUGAAAGGUAUUUAUGCAUCAAGUUGCUUUCCAUGUUUUUCUCUCGUGCCUCAUCUCUCUCAGUCCGUUGAGAGCGUAUGCCAAACCGGGCUCCACGGGGCCGUGGAUAACAUCACUACAUGUAUGGAUGAACUUAUGUACUGUAAAACAUAUAUAAGCUAGAAACAAUUUUCUCUUCGGUCUGUAAUCAAACAAAGAGAAUUGUUUCCUUUAUGUCAUCGUAAUGUGCUUUGCAUUAGAUAAAUGCAUUUUUUUCUACUUCGUGCCGUCAAGGUUGAUAAGCUAAAUCGCUGAAGACAGGUGUUACUGUUCACAAAAACUGGCAGCUGAUCGCUUCCUGUUGAAAUGAAGCUAUCUGGACAUCAUUUUACCGAUACGUCAUUGAAGGCUUCAACUCUGUUAUUAAUGGGACUGUGCUUGAGUUUCUUUUUUUGAGAAGGUCAUGUUAAUCUUCCACAUGGAGUGAAUUUCCUUGACAUCAUCUUGCCUUUUUAACAUCUGGUCUUAACUACUUUAUGCAUUGUUACCCCCCCCCACCCCCGCUCUACUUAGUAGCUCAUGUAGGCUUUCAUGAAUUAUCAGGUGCUCUACAUACUUAGUAUCUGGACUUAUCAAUGCUCUAAAAUUUAUAGCAGUUUCUGAAUGCUCACGUAGGUACAUCAUUUUUAAUAUCGCACAGAGAGCGUCCUGAUUUACAGUGUUUUUUUGACUAGUACUGUCAUGUAAGAUCUUCUUUUUCUUGUUCUCUCUUAUUCGAAGAGAGAUGUCUGUUUUUUGGGGGUUUUAUAACAUUAUCAUCCUUGAUUUUUCUGCCACCACCUUCAUCCCAAUAAAAGCGUUAAAUUAUUUCCUUUACCUACAACUUCA